AUGACGGGUCUGCCUCACCGCGCGCGAUUUUCUCCGGUGGAAUGUACAGUCGUGCCGCUUAAGGGUACAGCAUAGGGUACAGCUGAUGCCCGGAGGGAAUAAAGGGAGGUAACCAAACUAGAUGAGCCAGAUACAUUCAGACUAUAAUGUCAACACAUGAUCUGCAGCAGUCAAGUUGUCAAAGCGGAGUGAACGCCAGCGUGACUUGCGUUGGCUCAGAUCAGGAGGGAUUGUACACACAAACUGAUAAAUCACGUUUUCAGAAUGUAAGUGAACACGAGAAGAAACAUCCUGGACCACUGGCUCAGCACAUCCUCAACAAGAAAGAUUUAGAAACUAGAACUACUGCUUCUUCACCACCAUCAUUGCAGUUAACAGGCCAGCAGAAAAGCAGCAGAGAUUUGCAGAUCAGGCAAAUAAUACUUCUCAGAUCUAAGGAAGACCUCAGUAGGACAUCUGAGGAGCAGAGGAAAUCUGCCAGAUUCAUUUCCACCAUCUCUAUCAGUUUUCCCAAUAUAAGAAACAAAAAAGACACAGCGGAGGAAAAAACACUGAAAACUACAACUAACCUCACACAUGAAGCCGUAAAGAACACAGCUAAUCAACACCACACAGAGCUAAGGGACGUGCUUUCACAAACUGACCAAUGUGGCAAAUCAACUGGUAUAUUUAAGAAUGGGGAUGGGCCAAAAGCAAGCUUUGAUGAAGACAGCUUUACCACUCUGCAUCAAUGUGGGACAAAGCCGGGACAAAAUACAGGAAUACAACACGACAUAGGCCUUCAUGAACAAACAGAAAUUGUCCACAACAACUCACAAAGAGAUUCUACUCAUCCUGUUUGUGAGGUUCAAACACAAUUCAACAAGGAAUCUGGAGCCAAUGACUGUAGAGAGAAUGCUGUAACAACUCCACAAUACCACAGUAAUCUGACCUCCCUUGAAGUGGACAAUGGUCUAAAAGCAAGCACUGAUUCCCAGUUUUUUGCACACCAUUCAGAAGUUGCAAACCAGGUCUUGUCAUUAGACUAUUUACCUGCUCCUCAUUCUGAAAAUACCCUUGAGCCAGAACCUGGAUAUAUCAAUCCUACAUCAGCUAUGUUAUCAUCAGCCCUGGCCUCAGUUCUUGCUCCACCUUGGAGUGGCCGCCUUCGAAGACCCAAGCAAAGCGGAAACGAAGUACAGCAUGAACCCCAAGAUUGUGGACAGAAUAUGAACCCAUCUACCUUAUUUCGCCAGGAUCGGCUGCAACAACCGUUUCUUCCUUCCCAGAGGCGACCAUCUGAACACAUGUUGGCCAAUGACAAUGACAUGCAGUUGGCUGCAGGAACCAGCUAUAACUCUCCUGACUGGCAAAAAGAGAACAAUUCCCCGAACAUCACAACCAAAAUACAGCCAAAGAGACCCAUUACUGAGUCCUCCUCUGUGGGCAUGAUGUACAAUAAUACAGAUUUGCAUCCUUUUCCCACACCUCUGGCCCAUUCAGGGUACAGAAUAUCAAACACUGGAGAUGAACAUGAGUCUUUCAAAUCAUUGAGCUCUAAGCCAACAACAAGCAGCCUACUUCUUUCCUUGAGGAGGUCAAAUCUGAGAAACUCCAGUGCUGAGCCCACACAAUCAGAGACUCAGAUGACUAGGUCUGUCAGGUCCCUUACGUUGCCUAGCAGAGUUGUUCUGAAAACUCCAUCAUUUGCCCAUCCUGUUACCGCUGAUGCCCAAACCCCCGAAUACCCAGACACUCCUGCAAGUACAGAGGAAAUACCAGUCAGUCAGUUCCCUUUCUCCCCUAGAAUUAGGAGUAGAGUGCCAUUAAGGGCAUCACUGUUUCUAAACAAACCAGAGACAGAAAUUUCAAAGAGACUAGAAGCUUCUAUUGCCAAAGCAGAGGAGGAACAUUUCCCACACUCCACAACCAAAACCAGCCAACUUGGGGUUCUCAGAGCCCAAGAACGUUCUUAUUCAGUUCUUUUGAGGGAAUAUUCCAGUACAGAAGACACAGAUGCAGUGGAACAAAAUACUGCCAACAACACCAACCUGCAAUACUCCAAUAUGACCAAACAACAAGUAUCUCCAGAUACCACAAUUUCUCCCAAAGAUUCAACAAAUUUUAAUGUUCAACAAUCUGGCUUUAAUGUCCAAAAAUUAAAAUCACAAAGCACACACAAUAUAAUAGCCAGCAGUUCUUCGGGCACAAGCACCUUCACAGACAGGCUCAACUACUCACCCUGGAAAGACUCUUCUGUAGAUGGAACAAGUCCCACAAAUAUAUAUCUGGACUCUAAGAAAUAUUCUCAGUCAAGUCAAAGCACGAUGGAUCUUUCGAGCCCUCUUUCUCCAAGCAGACCUCUCAGAAGUGUAAGAGUACCAAGCAUUUAUUCAUACCUAAGGGAGUACAGCCCGGCGGUGUCCACCCCUUCCCCUUCCACCCCUUCUUCCCACAUACAGAGAGGUGAAACAUCGCCUCCUAAGCAAGAUGGAGGUGUAACACUGCAGGGUGACCGGAGAACACUUCCCUCAAAAUUUUCAUUUGACUUCAACCCAUUUGUGCCACAGGUACAAGUGUUACAAAGAAGCUCUUAUGGCUCUCAUAUAGCACCAGCUCAAUCUCUGCCUCCUGAUUUUGGACGAAGAUCAGCACCUCGUCUCAGUACAUCUCCAUAUUCUAGCCUCAUCUCCUCACGACCUACACUCAACAACACUUUACAAGAACUACGCUCUCCACCUGUGCCCAAAACUCAUACCCAAACUACAUCUUAUGGUAUUGUAACCACUCCUGCAGACUUCAUAAAAAGUGAUCCAAGUUCUUCACUGUCCACAUACACAAGCAUAAUAAGAAGACCAAAGGAACAGUUUGCUUCUUCUAACAGAGAACAGAGGACAGCAGUUCAAGCUUACACAAGCGCCUUAGAUAAUCACAAACCUGCCCAGCCAUGCCUCUUACAAACUGCACCAGAUGCAAGUUUUGUCAUGGAAAGCCAAAGCGCUAAUAUAAGCCCACACCCAAGGCAGCCCAACACAGGCUCUAACAACUUCUUUCAGCAGGAGCAUGAUGGCCUGAUAGAACUUCAGCUUGAUAAGGGUAAUGCAUACCCCAAGCACAAGCUGAGUGAGAAAGGUAAGUAUUUAUUACCUGAUAAGCUCACAGUAGAAAGUGAGACUCCACUGACAGCUGAGAAAGAUAUAUCUGCUGUGCAUAUGCAUGAGAGAUUGCAGGAAAUGCAAAGUUCCAAUUCAAAAAAAGGCCUCUUUAGUUCACGAGUUAAGAAAGACAAAGAAGCUGUCUUCUCUUCAGCUUCUUUGCCAGACAAAGAGGUUGUUAGUCCCCAGUAUUUAAAAACCAAAAGACAUUUGCCAGUGUUUAGAACGAGCAGCAGGAUUGACCAGAUGUUAAAUCGCUUGAAACUGACAUUUGGUGUCAAACGUUCAGACAGCUCACUUGACACACUACCAAAAAAGAACAAGAGUCCCACUCAGCACCCCUCAGAUACUGAGACUUUUGAAAGUCCCAAGACAGAGGAGAAAACAUGUUCUGAGAGCCAUCCGGCACCCUCUAACUCCUCUUUAACAACUGAUAAAACCUCUUUAGGUUCCUUGCCACUACUAACAUUAAAGAAAUCUGAGAGUACAUUAAAUAUGAGUGGACAAAAUAAGUCUAAGGCUGAAAUAAAUUAUUCUGGGUCCACACAGGAGGCCCCCAACUCGUCCUUGACCAUUGAUAAAGCAUCUUUUGCCUCUUUUGGGUCCUUGUUGCCACUUACAUUAGAGAAAUCUGAGAAUACUUUAAAUAUGGACUGGCAAAAUAGAUCUACAACUGAACAAAAGGGUUCUGGGUGCACAUGGGAGACCCCCAGCUCAUCUUUGACCACCAAUAAAGCAUCUUUUGCAUCUUUGACGCCACUUACAUUAAAGAAAUCUGGGAAUACUUUAAAAAUGAAUUGGCAAAACAGAUCUACAACUGAACAAAAGGGUUCUGGGUACACAUGGGAGGCCCCCAACUCAUCUUUGACCACCGAUAAAGGCUCUUUUGCUUCUUUUGGGUCUUUGUCGCCACUUACAUGCAGGAAAUCUGAGAAUACUUUAAAUAUGGACUGGCAAAACAGAUCUACAACUGAACAAAAGGGUUCUGAGUGCACAUGGAUGGCCCCCAACUCAUCUUUGACCACCGAUAAAGGCUCUUUUGGGUCCUUGUCACCCUUAACAUUAAAGAAAUCAUCUGAGAAUAAAUUAAAUGUUGAUCAGCAAAAGAGGCAUAGCGAUGAAAAUGGAAGAAGCUUUAGUCCACAUAGGCAAAAGGCCCAAAGUAUGAAUCGUUCUGCCACCUUGCCACAUUACAGAAAAUCCUCUGUCGGUCCCCCAUCGCCCUUUUAUUUGUUUGAUUUUGAUUCAGAAGACAUUCAGAAUGACAAUGUGUUUUAUAGUCCAUUGAGCAAAAAAACAAAUUCACUUUGUGAGUCCGAUGACUUCUCUCCUCAGAGCGCCACCAAGAGUCCUGUGCAGCAAAACCUUGUGAGGUCUCGCUUGUCCUCAUCAUGUGCUGAUUUAAAGUAUGGUCUACACAGUGGACGAUCUUUCUCAGUAAGCAGUGUGGUUUCAAGCCGCCCAUCAGGUCCUGGACGAAUCUCAACAAGCAGCAUCAGCGACCUCUCAAGUUUGGAUGACUUUCUGCCAAAGGGGAAUUAUACAAUAGUUGACUCUCCAAUGAGUAGUAGCCAUUCCCCAAUCUAUGAUGCAAAACCUAUCACUGGUAAACAGUCUCAAUCUGUAUAUACAGAUAAUCUUGAUCUUGAUCAUGAUGAUGCAGACCCAACCCCACCUCCAUCUCCAACUAUGUCCUCUUCACCUCGUCGGAUAUCCCAGGCUCCUUCUGUGUCUUCCCCCAUAUGGACAACUCCAGAAAAUCUGUCUCCUCCUCGUGGAAUCCUGUCAUCAAGGAGCUACACAACCAGCAUGACUGUUUUUGAGGAGUCUGAUUCUGACACCACAACCGAUGAUGAAUACUAUCUUGAUAAUGGUGAUGCGGUAGAAACAGAACUUUAGAAGAGAGAAUUGUAUGUUGUUCAAUUCCAUCAUGUUACAUAAACUGGGGGCAUUCUAUGCAUAGGGUCUUCUAUGACAAAGCUGCAGCAAAAUUAGGUCUCUGUCAAACCAAUCUAAAUUGUAAAAAAAACUAGAAAUCCAGAUUGCAUAUGAAUAGAAGGAAUUAUAAUUAUAUCAGAACCGUAAGACCGUGUUGAUUUCAUAUUUCUUGUUAUAAAUUAAAUAUAAUGGGUUUUUGAAUUCUUUAGUGCUUGAGGAUAACAAUGUUUGAUUUCAUUAUGAAUGUAUUUACAAUACAGUACAAUGCACUGUUUCAUUAGUUUUUUAUACAUAUGCAUAUACAUAUUUUCUGGAUCUUGAGGCUUUGAAAUGGUGAAUUCUCAUGUCAUUCCUUUUAUUGAGGCCUGCCUCCUGCAGGUUAUUGGCUGUUUCAUUCACUGUGGCAUUUGAAAGAAAAGCGUGUCAGUCACAAUACAUUAUUUCCCUGACCGACAUUAUAUAGUCAGAAGCUGCCAACCAAGAAACUGAACCCCAACUAUGUUUAAUAUAUGUAUUUGAAUUUUUUUCAAUACUGCUCCUUUAACAGUCAGAAAAAAUAUAGAAAAUAGAAAAAUGUAAUAUUGGUGCCCGCAACACUGAUGAUUCCACAUUAAUUAAAUUAAUUAUGGCUAAGUCUGUAAAGAAGAUGUUGUAACAGAUGUCUGCUGUCCAUUUGAUAUUAUUGUUAAAAGUAUGAAAGUGUUAUUGAAAACGGUGGCUGAUCCUCAUCCACGACUUGUUAAUUUGAGGUUCAAACACAUGACCUCUCACAAUCUGCAAAAGACAUACCACAGAUGAACUAAGCAUUCUUAAAAAAAAAAAGACCUUACGGUUGAUUUUAUUUGCUGUAUAAUUUAAUUUUGUUGUUUGUGUGCAUCAUGUUUGUGUGUGGCUUUCAGUGUAAUUUUAAUUGAUCUUUUAUUGUAAUUUAUUAUGCAGGGCAGGGGGUUGGGGCAUCAUUUCUCUCCUAUAGCCUUAGGGACCUCCAUAAGACCUGUCAAUUGCAGCACUGACCUACGGUACUACUAAAUGCUUUGUAACAUAGGCCUACAUAUGUAAGGUCCUUUUUGUAAGGCCAUUUCUUGAAUGUCUUCAUUAAAACAGUUAUAUUUAUGAACAUUUAAUAUAUUGACUAAAUUGUAUUUUUUCUAACACAGAAGUAGAAGAAUAUUGAUCACUUGUAAAAAUGACUGUAAAUGACUAACUUUGGACAAGACGGUAACUGCUAUGUUAAAAUUUGAUUAGCAAGUACACUCUAGUCUUAGUAAACUUGUUCUCUAAUAACACAGAAACUCUUAAUUGCAGCUCAUUAAAACAGGCCGACACUGUUACGUGUCACAACCUGCCAUAAUUGUACAAUGAACAGUUAUAUGAGUGAUGCAACUAAUUUGAUCGAUGUUUCAGUAAUGGUUGACAGGUUUGCGGAUCAAGCAGUAGGUCUGUUUUGUUAGAAAAAAAAAUCACGACUGUCGUCAAAGGUCAGAAUUUUGAGUAUUAUUUUUUUACGAAUUAGUGAACGAUUCAAUGUCACAAUCCUUAACUUUUCGCAACCUACUGUCGUAACGAUGUAAUCUGCUGAAAAGGCCACUGAACGAAUCUUUUAGUUAAAUUAAUCUCCUAGUCGACACAUAGUUUUCCAUUUAAAACAUGUAUUUUGGAUAGAAUCUCGUAUUUCUAGCUUUCUAGCAUUGAGUUAAAUGAGUUUGUUUUCACGUUGCUUUGGUAACGGCUGUUGUAGGCGUGCAGUCACCCGUCCCAAUAAAGGAAUCAAGUCAUA